AAACAAAACAAAACAGUUAGAGACAUCAUCUCUUUCUUUCUUCUUUUGUCUCUUCUUCUUCCUAAAUCUCCUUUUUUUGUCGAGUUUCUCAGAACAAAUCAUGCAUAAAUCCAAAACCCAAUCUAGAAACCCGUCAUUCUCUUCCACUCUCCUCGAUGAAAUCUACAAUUCCAUCGAUCCCAAAACCCACAAAACCCAACCUUUUGUCGGCUCUGUUAACACUACCAAAAAACAGAGCAUCAGCGUAACUAGAUCAGUUCCUGACCGAAAAAUCCACCGAGAUCGGUUCUUCGGCUCUGUAUCGUCUUCCUCGGAUUCCAACUCCAGCAUUUUCUCAUCUUCCGACACCGAACCAACUCACGGUAAAAAGAUAUCUUCUUCAAGGCCAUUAUGUUUCGGCCCAUCUAAGACAAAACCAAGAAAAACAGAGGACAAAUCUCUGUUUCACCAGAACAGAGCAAUCCGAGUGUCCAGCGACUACGAUUACGCCUCCGACGUCCCGAAAAUCACGAGAUACGACGAGAGCUGGGAAAACACGAGAAUCAGAAGAUCUUCGAAGAGCUCGAGUAAUCAAAAGAAGCCCAAAACUCCAGCUUCACCUGGAGUGCGAAUCGUUAAUUUCAUCAAUUCGUUGUUCAGCAACAACAAUUCCAAACAAUCAACGGCGGUUAAGAGUUAUCCAAGGAAGACGAGCUACGACGAUUCUGCUUUCGUUAGGAAACCAACUGAUUAUUAUCCAUCUACGACGUGUUCUUCAGCUUCUUCCUUCUCCAGGUCUUGUCUGAACAAAAGCUACGAGAAAUCAUCUGAUCGUAUCAAACGAAGCGUUAGGUUUUCUCCGGUCAAUGUCGUCGUCCCUGAUAGCAGAUCCUAUGUAGAGAAAUCUUCGCUCUACGCAGAAGCGGAAGAAGAAGAUUAUUUCAGUAACGGUUACAUCAGAAAGUCGGUGAAGAAGAAUGUGGAAGGUGGAGGGAGGAGAUCAGUGGAGGAGAUUGCGAGAGAGUUUUUGAGAGAUUAUCGCAAGAAUCAUGAAAACAGUUUGGUCAAGAAUAAUGAUUUCGAGGAUUAUGAAGAUGAGGAUGAUGACGAUGAUGAUGCAAGUGAUUCGAGUUCGGAUUUGUUUGAGCUGGAUUUAGUUGGAAAUCAUCAUAACAUGUACGGUGACGAACUUCCUGUGUAUGAAACCACUUAUGCUGGUUUGAUCUUGUGAAGCUUUUUCUUUCUCUUUUUUGUUUUCUGGUUACUUUUCUUUAGAUUUUCGUUUUCUUAGUUUUAAUCCCAUGUGAUUGUUGAUGGAAAAAAAACGAAAUGUCAUGUGAUUCUUCACAUCUGUGUUUGAUUUUGUAACUAAAU